GUGGCAGUUAAAAAACACCAACCCAGCCGCCCAGGUUUCCAAAUUUUAACUGUAAAUUCAUGUUGUCUGAAACUUUUGACAUUUUCUCAUAAGUUAUGAAGAGAGACAAAGAGGAAGAAGAUCGUUUGGUCUUAAGAACUGGUUCACCAAACGUUAAAGAUACUGUCCUAUGUUGUGGUUUUGUUCUUGAUCAUGUUGGUGAGGUUGUUCUUACCCUUUAUCCUGAUUAUCUUUCCUGGAUCAGGGUUGAUUCUAUGUUUGAUAAUGAUCAAGACACUGGAUCAUCUUGUCUGGGUAUACAGUUUGUUUCUAAGAGGGAUACUACAAUCAAACACUCUGAUGCAUAUGCAGUUGAGUUAAUUGAUUGGGGUUUGAUACAUGAAUCUGUUCUUGCAAAUGCCACUGGUUGCCUUCUUGGUCAAGCAUCUGAGAUGUUUCGCUUCACAAUACAUUGUGUUCAGAAGUCCAAGACUCAACCCUCCCUCUGGACACCGGCUGUUUAUACUUUUGGUCACAGGGAUCUACGAACAUGUCAAAUGUGGGUGGCUCGUAUCAAUACCUUUAUAAACAUGGAAGCAGGGCGACCGAAGAGUCUUCUGGUUUUUGUUAACCCGAGGAGUGGAAAAGGAAAUGGAUGUCGUACCUGGGAAGUGGUGGCUCCGAUUUUUCGUCAGGCUAGAGUUCAAACAAAGGUAUUUGUGACAUGCAGGGCCGGUCAAGCUUUUGAUAUGAUGGUUUCUAUUUCAAACAGGGAGCUCAAUUCUUAUGAUGGUGUUCUUGCUGUUGGUGGUGAUGGUUUUUUCAAUGAAAUUCUUAAUGGACUUCUCUUGUCAAGGCAUAAAGCUCCUUAUCCUCCGUCCCCUAAAGAUUUUGGCCAUUCCCAUUAUAAAGAUGAAAUUACCUUGGUUCAUUUGAAAGAUAAAUGUAUAGAUCCUUCCGAGCAAAAUGAAGAUCAGUCUCCUCUUUUGUCAACUUCAGAACUUAAUAGAUCACAAAUUAAAAAUCUCAGACCAGAAGAUAAUAUAGGUCAAUCAGAUCGAGAAGCUGACUUUCCCUUCCCAAAUGCGCGAUUUAGAUUUGGGCUAAUUCCUGCAGGUUCAACUGAUGCUAUUGUGAUGUGCACCACUGGAACCCGAGAUCCAAUAACAUCAGCAUUACACAUUGUCCUUGGUAAAAGGAUUAGUCUUGACAUUGCUCAGAUUGUGAGGUGGAAAGCUACCAUUACAUCGAAGGAAGAGAUGUCUGUACGUUAUGCAGCUUCUUUUGCUGGGUAUGGAUUCUAUGGCGAUGUUAUUACAGAGAGUGAAAGAUAUCGGUGGAUGGGUCCCAAGAGAUAUGAUUUUGCUGGUACAAAAGUUUUCCUUAGACACAGUUCAUAUGAAGCAGAAGUGGCAUAUGUGGAAGUCAAAAAGGAUGAAGAUGGUACUGCUGGUUUCAGAACGAAAUCAUUUUGGGGACUACCUAGAAAGUCAGAAAGAGUUGCUUGCCGUGUUAAAUGUAAUGUUUGUAAUGCAAAACCGGCUCAAAGGCCAGCUGAAGCUCCCAUCAAUGAGCCACACCUACAUGAAUUAAAAUGGUUGAAGUCCAGAGGGAAUUUUCUCAGCGUCGGAGCUGCUGUAAUAUCUUGCCGUAAUGAAAAAGCACCUGACGGUUUGGUUGCUGAUGCACACCUUUCAGAUGGUUUCUUGCACCUUAUAUUGAUCAAGGAUUGCCCCAGGGCAUUUUAUUUGUGGCACCUUACCCAGUUGGCGAGGAAGGGAGGAAAUCCUCUGAACUUUGACUUUGUGGAGCAUCAUAAAACCUUGGCUUUUACAUUCACAUCGAUUGGUAAAGAGAGUAUAUGGAAUGUGGACGGGGAGCUCUUUCCUGCCCAUCAACUUUCAGCACAAGUAUUCAGAGGCCUUGUUAGCUUAUUUGCUGAUGGUCCAGAUGUUUAACUAAAGUCUCUGGGAAAUUUACAUUUUGAAAAUAUGUAUUACCCUCUUCAGGUAAAUUUGUAUAAUUAGUUUAUUUGAUAUAUGGUCUGCAUUUAUGGAUCCUAUAUCAUAGAUAUAGUGGUAACUAGUAGAAUAAGCUUGAUGUAUAUUUUUAGCCUUUAGGUUUAUUUGAACUUAAAAAAAUUUGUUUAUUUAUGAUUUUUUUAAAAUCAAAGUAGAACAGGUUAAUACUGUUCGUGCAAGCUUGUUCAUGAGAAGAAUCAGCAUUGUAAUCUUUAGAUAAUAUCAAAGGUUCUAUCUGAGCUGAAUUUACUGUUC